AAAAUUCGCAGAGACACAAAAAAAAGACUUCAUUUGUGUCUCAGAAUUUACAAAGUCUUGAAUCAGUAGAGAAAUGGCGGGAAUCGUGACAGAGCCGUGGUCAGUGGCGGAGAACGGGAACGCAAGCAUGACGGCCAAAGGAUCGAGUAGAGAACUGAGACUUGGAAGAACAGCGCAUAGCAUGUCUUCUUCUUCUUUGAGGAAGAAAUCAGACCUCCGAGUGAUUCAAAAGGUUCCAUACAAAGGUCUCAAAGAUUUUCUCUCUAAUAUUCAAGAAGUCAUUCUCGGAACAAAGCUUGCCAUUCUUUUUCCGGCCAUACCCGCCGCCAUUAUUUGCACUUAUUGUGGCGUCAGUCAGCCUUGGAUAUUUGGACUGAGUUUGCUAGGACUGACUCCUUUGGCUGAGCGAGUCAGCUUUUUGACAGAGCAACUAGCUUUCUACACCGGUCCUACAUUGGGUGGUUUAUUGAACGCAACAUGUGGAAACGCGACUGAAUUGAUAAUCGCGAUUCUUGCUUUGACCAAUAACAAGGUCGCAGUGGUGAAAUAUUCGCUGCUAGGUUCGAUUUUGUCGAACCUUUUAUUGGUUCUAGGGACUUCACUCUUCUGUGGAGGAAUCGCUAAUAUCCGAAGGGAGCAACGGUUCGACCGGAAACAAGCCGAUGUGAACUUCUUCUUACUUCUAAUGGGUUUCUUGUGUCACUUGCUGCCAUUAUUGGUGGGAUACUUGGCAAACGGAAAGACUUCGGCUGCUGUUUUGUCCGACAUGCAACUGAAUAUAUCGCGAGGCUUCAGUAUUGUUAUGUUGAUCAGUUACAUUGCAUAUCUUGUUUUCCAACUUUGGACUCACCGCCAAUUGUUCGAUGCACAAGAUCAGGAGGAUGAGUAUGAUGACGAUGUGGAGGAAGAAACCGCGGUGAUUAGUUUUUGGAGCGGUUUUUUCUGGUUGGUUGGGAUGACACUCGUCAUCGCGUUGCUAUCGGAGUAUGUUGUAGCCACGAUUGAGGAAGCAUCAGAUAAAUGGAACUUAUCAGUGAGUUUCAUAAGCAUCAUAUUGCUUCCUAUUGUUGGAAACGCAGCUGAACAUGCUGGAGCCGUUAUUUUUGCCUUUAAGAACAAGCUCGACAUAUCUUUGGGAGUUGCAUUAGGCUCUGCGACUCAGAUUGGCUUAUUCGUCGUCCCCUUGACCAUCAUCGUGGCGUGGAUUUUGGGAAUUAACAUGGAUCUCAAUUUCGGUCUCCUCGAAACUGGCUGUCUUGCUGUUUCCAUUAUCAUCACAGCCUUUACAUUACAGGAUGGGAGUUCUCACUACAUGAAGGGACUGGUCCUCUUGCUUUGCUAUUUCAUUAUUGCCAUCUGUUUUUUCGUCGACAAACUUCCCCAGAAACAAAAUGCUAUACACUUGGGACAUCAAGCGAUGAACAAUGUUGUCACUGCAACAGGAGGAGGAGUUUUCUCAUCUUAAAUGAAGACAAGUACCAAUGUGUUGAAACAAAAUUUCCAAAGCGAUCGAGAGACAGUGGACAAUGAAAAAAAUACCCAAUUUUCUUGAUUCAUUUAUAAAUAUGAAAAGAUUUGUCAGAGAGAUUCCUGAGAUUCAGUGAGUGUUAUUUCAUUUUUCCAAUGUUUGGGUGUCUUGAUGAAGAUAAGUUUUGAGAACUUUCUAAAUUCUUCUUGUGGGUGGGUUUGCAAUGAACUAUCUAGGAAUGC